ACCGUAGCAUUUGUACACUUUGGAAACACAAAAAUCGAGCUCCUGUCUCCUCUCGGUCAGGGUAGUCCCGUGGCGAAGUUUCUAGAAAAAAAUAAGAACGGCGGGCUUCAUCACGUUUGUAUAGAGGUUGACAAUUUGGGUGAAGCAAUUAGAGGAAUCAAGAAGAAAAAUUUGCGUUUCCUGGCUCCGGAACCCAAGAUUGGUGCCUGUGGUGUGCCAAUUAUUUUCAUGAAUCCCAAAGACGCAUCUGGAGUUCUAACGGAAUUGGAAGAAUCCCACGAUGCAGAAGGACACUAA